ACCAAAGCUGGAUUCCGUAGUGUAGACAGUGUUUAGGCUUUAGUGCAAGCCUAAAUGACAGAUGUCAGCAAUUUGUCCGAGAACAAUAGGAUAAAUUGGUAAAAUAAAGACAGUAAUAACGGUUUGUUUUGUAGUUCUGCUGUAGCUAAGUUUAUUUCGCACACUUAAUAAGGUCAUUUCGUGCAAGCACACCUAGCAGGUUAGUGUGUGCUAGGUAGCUAGCUUGCUUGCUUGUUAGCUAAAGACAACGUCACAAGAAGAAAAUCAGAAACAAACGCAGUGAUCGGUUGAUAAAAAGGUGCCGUCUGGGAAAUAAACCACCGAGAGUGCCAGAAUGAAUGUCGCUAAAAGUGGUUAUCGCGUCUUUUCAGCAAACUCCUCCGUAGCAUGCACAGAACUGGCCAAGAAGAUAACAGAACGGCUGGGAGUUGAACUGGGGAAGUCUGUGGUCUUUCAGGAGUCUAACAGAGAAACUAGAGUUGAUGUGAAGGAGUCAGUUCGUGGACAAACUAUCUUCAUCAUCCAGACUAUACCACGAGAUGUCAACACAGCCAUCAUGGAGCUUCUGGUUAUGGCCUACGCCCUCAAGACGUCUUGUGCAAAGAACAUCAUUGGAGUCAUCCCUUACUUUCCAUACAGCAAACAGUGCAAGAUGAGAAAGAGGGGCUCGAUAGUGAGCAAGUUGUUAGCUUCAAUGUUAGCAAAAGCAGGAUUAACACACAUCAUCACCAUGGACCUGCAUCAGAAGGAGAUCCAGGGCUUCUUCAGCUUUCCAGUGGACAACUUGCGUGCCUCCCCUUUCUUAAUUCAGUACAUCCAAGAAGAGAUUCCUGAUUACAGAAAUGCCAUCAUUGUGGCAAAGUCUCCAUCAGCAGCUAAGAGGGCUCAGUCCUACGCAGAACGCCUGCGUUUGGGUCUAGCUGUUAUUCACGGCGAGGCUCAGUGUUCAGAGUCUGACAUGGCUGAUGGAAGACACUCCCCACCAUGUGUACGUAACACCACAGGACACACAGGGCUGGAGCUUCCUUCAGGCAAACAACAAGCUCCGUUCCCUGGCAUAGAGCUCCCAAUAAUGAUGGCCAAGGAGAAACCUCCCAUCACUGUAGUCGGAGACGUGGGAGGGAGAAUAGCCAUUAUUGUGGAUGACAUUAUAGAUGAUGUAGGAGACUUUGUUGCAGCUGCAGAGAUCCUGAAAGAAAGAGGAGCCUAUAAAAUCUACAUCAUGGCCACACACGGCCUACUGUCUGCUGAUGCUCCACGCCUCAUAGAGGAAUCUGCCAUUGAUGAGGUGGUGGUGACUAACACAGUUCCCCAUGAAGUACAGAAGCUACAGUGUCCCAAAAUCAAGACUGUGGAUGUCAGCAUGAUAUUGGCCGAAGCCAUCCGCCGCAUCCAUAAUGGAGAGUCCAUGGCCUACUUGUUCCGCAACAUCACCGUGGACGACUAGACAGUCAGAUAGUGAGAGCUGAGGGCCUGGAUUUGCAUUGUGCCUCUGCAAGACCUUCUUCAAGGUGAACUCAUUCUUCAAGCACUGUAGAGGACUUCAGGCGUUCAACAGCCUUGGUGAAAUUUACAUCAAAAUGUGGCUGAAAUGGAGAAAAACACUGCCAAUAAAGAAAUUUUAAACCUCACCUCAUAAUGGUUUUAUUGAAUGAUAUUUUUAAAUAAAUGUAAUUAAUAUAUACAUUAGGGUGAAACUAAAUAUUUUUAUAUUUCCCUCUACUUUGGGAAACUGAGAAACAGCUGAAAAACAGGUUACUGUUUAGCUUUGUUAAUACUUGAACAAUAAGGGUUUUCACUGUUGUAAUUAGUACUACUAGUAUUUGGAGUAUUGAUUGUAUUGAUUUAUAUUAACUCAAAGAGCUAAAAGCUAGAAAACGUCAACAGCAGCAAAAAAAUGUGCAAAAAAACACAUGAAUUGGGGCUGUGUUUAACUUUGCAGUCAGACCAGUACUGUAAAUCCUCCUACAUUCUUCAUUUAUUUGAAGAAUUUACCUACAUAAAGGGUCAGUACUGGAAAAGAUGUUUUAAUAAUCAAUAAUUACACUCAAUAAUAAUAUCUCACUAAAAUAUCAACAAAAUAAAUAAUAUUUAUUUAUUAAUGAAAACUUAAUGAAAAACUCAGUAUCAGUCAUUAUCAUUCCCUUCCUCCUCCCUGCUGCUGAUGUGAUCCAUUGCCUGCAGAUACCGCUGGUAGAGAGGGGGUGGCUGGUUUGUCUCAGCCAGAUUCACAGAAAACUACGUUACACAGUGGGACUACAUACAGACACCUUUUGGUUUAGCUUCUUUGUAGUUUUUCAUUAUUAUCUGUAGAUAAAGGUUUUUUUGCAGUAACGAGCUUAGUUGUUGUCAACUCGAGUAAUCUUGGCUUUAGCACAUAGUCUCUGCUCCGCUCUGCUAUUCGCUGACUUCGCUCAGUGUGUGUAUUUGUGUAGGAGUUCAACACCAACACAGAAAGCAGGAUUCCUGUAUGAUUUCAAUGUGGAUUUGUUGGCCACAAUAAAACUUUUGCAUAAUAACAGAAAAAAUAGGUAUCAUCAAAAGUGAGUUUUUUUUAAUUUUUAAUCAGAGAUGCUACCUAGCAACUUCACUGCAGCUUCCAGCAUGCUGGUAGCGAUGACAACGCAGAAACCAGAGACUAUAUAUUUACAAACUAUAGUCAUAAGAUUAUUUAUUUUGUAAUGUCUUGAACUAAACAUCAAGUAGAGGUUCAUACACAGAGCUGAUUUUGUAGAAUCAGCAAUGACAUGUUCCUCCUCAGCAAUUAACGAGUUCUAUACUACUAUGCUAAUCUCUUGCCUGAUUUUCCAGCGUGGGUCCUACUGUUAGUGGGCUGCCAGCUGUAGACUGCAAACACACAGGGAUGCACACACACAGACUCUGUCUCUGAGAGGUGAGAACUCUUAGGUGUCAAGGAGGCGCCGUGGUUGGUUUCUGUCUAUGGGAUCCAAUGCACGUGACCUGAGGCCUUGUUUGACUGUGUAAUGCAGCGAGAUAAUGGAUAGUAAUGUGACCAGUGGGAUGACUGUUGACCUCAGUGGACCCUGCACACCUGCUGUUGCACUGAUGGUGUUACUCAGGGUGAAGCAGAUGUUUUGUCUUUCUGGGAAUAUUCAAAAAUAAAGGGCAAGUACGACGGCAGCAGAUGUUUUAAUUCUAUGCAAUAUUUUAAGGCCAUUCUUUAAAACAAGUCUGACCUGUCAUGUUAUUGCCUUUCUGUGUUGCUAUCACCCUAUCAACAUAUAUUAAUUUUCCUCUCAUUGCCACUACUCAACUGAUGUUAGCUCUGUGCAGGAGGAAAAUUCAUUAAAUUGUCUGACAGCCCACUUCACAAGCCAGAUGGAAAACAAGUGUUGAAAUAAGCACAUGUGGAUCUAUUAUAUCCAUAUACAACAAUGUUACUCAACAAUCAGACAGGAUCCUAAACUGUUGUUUAUGCUCAUGGAAAGACCUUUCUGUUUAUAAUUUUUUAAUGCACCACUCCACUGCAUUAAAAUACAGAAUUCA